UGUUCUACAGCAACGCUUUCACCACAACAGGGGGCUUGAUUUUGACGCUAAAACCAGUGGAAAUGGUGAACUACAUGCUGAUGAUAACCGCCGAUCUCGAGAACAUAGCCAACCUCCAGCCUCAGGGCGGUUGCGACGAUCCUUCUUUUCCUUAUUUCUUCAAGGUGAAAUGUGGAAGGUGUGGAGAGUUGAGCCAGAAAGAAACAUGUGUGAUCUUGAAUGAGACUUAUCCUCUUCCAGCAGGAAAAGGAACCACUAAUCUUGUUCAAAAGUGCAAGUUUUGUGGGAGGGAAGGAACUGUGUCAAUGGUUCCAGGCAAGGGUAAGCUGCUGACCCAGGAAAUCAGUGAUGCAGGAGAAUAUGCCCCGUUGAUGAUGUUUGACUGCAGAGGUUAUGAGCCUGACGGUUUUGUAUUUAGUGGUGUGUGGAAAGCCGAGUCUGCUGCAGGGACUAAAUAUGAAGAUAUCGAUUUGUCUGGAGGGGAAUUUGCUGAAUAUGAUGAGAAGGGGGAGUGCCCAGUCAUGAUUUCCAACCUUCGUUCUAAAUUUGAAGUUGUGAAGUGAUAUUAUGAUACUAAUUCAUACUUUGGAUGAGGUAGAAUGGGCUUGAACGCUGUACAUGUACUGUGGUGAACAUGAGACUGAUGUUUUGCAGCCAUUUUAAUGUAAUAUUUCGAGUUUGGAAAUAUCCAUAAUGCUACUGUUGCCUACAAAUUAACGAAUGAUACAAUUCCAGGAAAUGGAAAUUUUUAAUGUUACUUCAUUUUGGCAA